AUGACUUUGCUUAAUCCCUGUAAAUGGAGAAGUGCAGACUUUAUUGCAGCAUCUGACAAAGUGGGAUAUAGCACCUGUACCUCCUGUAAGGAGCAAGAGUUGCUUGAAGAUGUGUCUGCAGAUGAUGGGACCUCGCGGGCAUUGCCGAGGCGGAUCGCGUUUCGGUCCUGCGCCAGCCGGCACCGAGAGAUUCUCGGGGAGCCAUCGACCGCGACCGACCUCCGCUGCUCACGACGGACCUCUGAUAUGGUAAGGAAAGGACGAGAUUUAUUAGCUAAAUUGGACGCAACAGUUGUUCUUGAAAAUGGUGAAUUAACCAUGCAGGUCCCGGAAUCGAAGGCAGGACAAAUUUUGGUUUUGAAAAAUAAACCCAUGGCCUGGAUUCCGGAGAAGGUAGAACGAACUGCAAUACUGACAGUUUGGGAAACAGAAAUUCCAGGAAAAUCAAAAACUGCUCAACCAGUAAUAGUGGAAUUAAAGGAUGGAGCUAGGCCAGUAAGAGUUAAACAAUAUCCCCUGAAACUAGAAGCAAGAUAUGGCAUUAUAAAAACAAUUGAAAAAUUUUUGAGACAUCAAGUUCUAGAGGAAUGUGAAUCAGAGUAUAACACCCCAAUUUUUCCAGUAAAGAAACCUAAUGGUGAGUAUAGGUUGGUCCAGGAUUUGAGGGCCAUAAAUGAGAUAACAAAAGAUAUCUACCCAGUGGUCGCAAACCCUUAUACAUUGUUAACAUCUGUGAAGGAAAAGUAUAAAUGGUUUACAGUGAUUGAUUUAAAAGAUGCCUUCUUCUGCAUUCCUCUUGACAAAAAUAGUAGAAAAUUGUUUGCAUUCGAAUGGGAAAACCCACAAAAUGGACAAAAGACACAAUUAACAUGGACCAGACUCCCACAGGGAUUCAAGAACAGUCCGACACUCUUCGGGAACCAGCUAGCCAAAGAACUGGAAGUGUGGACCACUCAAGGAAAAGUACAGGUACCGAGAUCACAAUAUCUCCUAUUGCAAUAUGUUGAUGAUAUCUUUAUUGCAACGGAACAAGAGUCACUGUGUAUACAGGUAACCAUUGAAAUUUUAAACCAAUUAGGUUUGAACGGGUACAAGGUUUCAAAGGAAAAGGCACAAAUUGCAUGCACGACUGUGUUGUAUUUAGGAUGCGAAAUAUCACAAGGGCAGCGAAAACUGGGAAUAAAUCGCAUAGAGGCGAUUUGUGCCAUUCCAGAACCACGGAACUUACAUGAACUAAGAACAUUUUUGGGCAUGGCAGGGUGGUGCAGAUUAUGGAUAAUGGACUAUGGACUCAUUGCUAAACCCCUAUAUGAAGCCCAGAAAUCACCUGUUUGGAACAAAACACAGAAAGAGGCCUUUAGGAAACUGAAAAAAGCGUUAAUGAAAUCUCCAGCACUAGGACUCCCAGAUCUGACAAAGGAUUUUCAAUUAUUUGUCCAUGAGAGACAGAGACUAGCACUGGGAGUGUUGACUCAGAAACUUGGAAGCUGGAAAAGACCAGUAGGAUAUUUCUCAAAACAACUGGACCCGGUAAGUGCAGGGUGGCCUGCAUGCUUGAGGGCAGUAGCAGCUACUAUUGUUUUGAUACAGGAGGCCAGGAAACUGACUUUGGGAAAACACAUUGAAGUGUUUGUGCCACAUAUGGUAACAACCAUCUUAGAACAAAAAGGGGGGUACUGGUUAUCUCCUAGCAGAAUGAUGAAAUAUCAAGCAAUUUUAACAGAACAAGAUGACAUGAGUUUAAAGACUACUAACCUGUUAAAUCCAGCAGCCUUUUUAGGAGCAGAUCUAGAAGGAGAGAUGCUUGAACAUAACUGUAUAGAAGUCAUCGAACAUACAUAUGCAACCAGAGCAGACCUGAAGUAUACACCUCUUGAACAACCAGACUGGGAACUCUUCACAGAUGGAAGCAGUUUUGUGGAGAACGGAACACGAUAUGCAGGAUAUGCUGUAACGACACUGCAAGAGGUAAUCGAAGCCAAAGUAUUACCUCCAGGGACAUCAGCCCAGCGGGCAGAACUGAUAGCUCUCACAAGAGCACUAGAACUGAGCAACGACAAAAAGGUAAAUGUAUGGACAGACUCAAAAUAUGCAUUUGGUGUAGUGCAUAUUCAUGGAGCAUUAUGGAAACAGCCUAAACAGGUGGCCGUUAUGCAUUGCAAAGCACAUCAAGGAGGAACUUCAAAGAUAUCUGAAGGAAACACAUUGGCAGACCGAACAGCUCGACAGGUGGCCCGGAAGGUAUGGAAUAUGAUGGCACUGAUACCUCUCAAGGUAAGCCCAUUCCAUACCUAUCUCUCACAGAAUCCAGACUAUUCAGCGGAGGAUGAGAAAUUGGCAGGACUUUUAAGAGUUCAAAAGAACUCUGAGGGAUGGUAUGUAACAACAACUGGACAAGUGAUAGUGCCACCGGCAAUAAUGUGGAAAUUUCUACAGACUGAACAUCAUAAGUGUCACUGGGGUGCAGAAGCAUUGGUAACUUAUCUAAGACAAGGAAUAAUUUCCACACAGAUGUUAACUAUGGCAAAAUCAGUGGGAUCAAAAUGUGAGAUUUGUUUGAAAAAUAAUCCGAUAGUGAGGAGGCAAGUUGAAAUGGGAAGGACCAGAAUAGGGAUGGAACCAGGAGAUUAUUGGCAAAUUGAUUUUGUGGAAUUACCAAAGGCACAAGGGUAUAAAUACCUAUUAGUAGGGAUCGACACCUUUUCUGGAUGGCCGGAGGCCCUUCCCUGUCGCACUAAUCAGGCAAAAGAGACGGUGAAGUGGUUGCUCAAAGAAAUCAUUCCAAGAUUUGGUGUUCCUUUGGGAAUGUCAUCAGAUAGAGGCCCACACUUUAUUGCAACAAUAGUACAAGAAAUAAGUAAAUUAUUAGGAAUAACAUGGAAUUUGCAUACCCCCUGGAGGCCUCAAUCUAGUGGGCAGGUGGAAAAGAUGAAUCAGACAAUAAAAAGACAAGUUAGCAAAAUAUGUCAAGAGGCUAAAAUAAAGUGGCCACAGGCACUGCCCAUAGCCUUGUUACGAAUCAGAAUAAAACCUAGAAGUGGAAUGUCAGUAAGCCCCUACGAAAUCCUCUAUGGAAAACCAUAUGAGGCACCAGAGCCUAAUCCUAAUCCCCACAUUAAAAGAAAUCAGGAUGUUUAUAAUUAUGUGCUAUCUCUAGGUAGAACCCUAACCAGACUAAGAAGCACCCUGGUGUGGAACAGGCCAUUGUCCUUGGAGAAUCCAGUGCAUGAUAUUCAGCCAGGAGAUCAAGUAUGCAUCCGAAACUGGAGUAAAGAGCUGUUAAAAGAGCGGUGGGACGGACCUCGUCAAGAAAUAGCCCGGAGCUAUGCAUGGACCCAUCGAAUUAUAGGAGCAGUAACUAAACAACAUCCAAAUUCUCCCACACCUCCUCCUAUUUAUCAGGAAACAGCUACCUAA